AUGUCGAGCCCGCGAUCCGAAGCUGCGCGUCGGCACGAGAGCCCGGAAGAGCCGUCCUGGCAGGGGGACAACCUGUCCGACAUCUUGGCUCACGUGGGCCCCUUCCACUGGACCAUGAUGGUCUACUCAACGUUCGCCAUGAUCAUAUCCGGCCUGCACACGCUGCUGUACAUGAUCAUCAGGCCGGAGCUCGUGGACCACUGGUGCCGGCUGUCGGAAGCGCCCACUAACGCGACGCUCGAGCAGUGGAAAGCCAUCAACAUCCCUCGCCAAGAGGACGGUUCGCUUAGUCAAUGCCUGGUCUACGUCGACGACGGUAACGACACGCGGGAGACGCGCCCUUGCAGCCACAGGUCCUUCAACGCAUCCGACGGCACGGUGACCAUCAUACAGGAGUGGGACUUGACUUGUGACCGAGAGUGGCUGUACACCACCGCCGAGAACGCGUUCGUGUUGGGUUCUUUCUUCGGCCUCGCAGUGUCCGGUCUGUCUGCCGACAGGGUGGGCCGGAAGCCGGUAGUGUGUUUCUGCGCUGUGGUGCUCGAGGUGGCCGGCUUCUCAUUGUACACCGUCGAGAACGUGGCCCUGUUCGUCGCCUUCCGCUUCAUCUUGGCUGCUUCGGUGGUGGCGCUCGCUUACACAAACUACGUCAUGUUGGUGGAGAUGACGACCCUGCCGCGGCGAGCCCUGUACGGCACCUGCGCGCUGUACGGCUAUGUGGGCGGCGCCGUCGCGGCCAGCGUCAUCGUGACCCUGGAGCACAACUGGCGCACGUCGCAACUGCUCGUCAUGCUGCCCACCUCGGUGCUGCUCUGCGGAUUCUGGCUUCUUCCGGAAUCCCCGCGCUGGCUGAUCACGACCCUGCGCGUGCGCGAGGCAGCGCAGGCGGUGUCGCUCAUCAUGCGCUGGAACCGCGUGCCUCCCAAGGUCAUCGUGCGCAUCAGCAAGCUCAUCAGGGAGCGGCCGCUGCAAAUGCUGCACCGUCAGGAAGAGGAACCUCGGCUGGCCGACAUGAUGAGCUUGCCGAGGCGCAGAGCGCAGGCGCCAGAUCUGGACAACCCGGACAAAAACGUAUGGGAGCUUCUGGUCAUCUUCAUAACACAGUACCAGCUUUCCACCCUGUCCUUGUGCAUGUGCUGGUGCGUGCUUACGUGUGAACUUCCUGGAAUACCAAAUAAGUAUUUAAGUUCUAAGACGGGCACAAUACAACAUCACCUAAUUUAUCAUAAUCAAGUGGACAACUAAGCCUAUACAUAAAAAAUAUGCUGAAUAGCUCAACGCGACUGUGAACAAUUUGGCUUAGGUCACAUCCGACUACGAGGCACCACUCUUUAAAUGUU